CAGCAGUAGCGGUUCCAUCAUGUCCGGUCGAGGCAAGGGCGGCAAAGGGCUCGGCAAAGGAGGCGCCAAGCGGCACCGUAAGGUGCUGCGUGACAACAUCCAGGGCAUCACUAAGCCGGCCAUCCGCCGCCUGGCUCGGCGCGGCGGCGUCAAGCGCAUCUCGGGGCUCAUCUACGAGGAGACGCGCGGCGUGCUCAAGGUGUUCCUGGAGAACGUGAUCCGCGACGCCGUCACCUACACGGAGCACGCCAAGAGGAAGACGGUCACCGCCAUGGACGUGGUGUACGCCCUCAAGCGCCAGGGCCGCACUCUGUACGGUUUCGGCGGCUAAAGCCUUGUGCUCGUACUGGACCAUCUCGACAAGAACCCAAAGGCUCUUUUAAGAGCCACCCACUUGUUCCUUAAAAGAGCUGUGUUACAGUUUUAUGAAUAUCAGAACGGGGACAACCAUGACACCGUUUUAUUAUCUCUCUAAAACAUUUAAUGUAAUGCUACUAAGUUUUUGAGUGCUUCCUAAUGUGUAGCUUCACUGUUUGCAGGAAAUUCAUGUUUGCUAUAGAUGAUUCCUUUUGUGUUCCAAAUUCUCUCAAAACUAAUUUCAACUGCUUUGUAAUAAAAAUCAUAUUUUUUGAAUGCUUGCUGGUUUAAACAUUAAAGUAAAAUGCUAUUCUCUGUCUUGAUUUUUCAAUUUUGCAUUAAAUUUUAAAUUUUGCCUUAA